AUGCCGCCGAUCCUCACCACCCAUCCAACAGUAACGCUCACCCCAGAGGCUCUUACACCGGAGAAAUUCGCACAAUUUGGCACCGCAGUGGUAUCACCGCUACCACGCCAGCUAAAUAUUGCCCCUCAACCGUCAUCCUUACCGCCACACGACCCGAUCCCGGUCCUGGCGAACCAAAACUCCGCGUUGAAGUACAGUCCCAUCUCCCCGCUCCUCGACCGCUACACCAAUGCUUGCCCAAGCGGACAUUCCUCCGAGGCGCGCAUGACCAUGUUCUGCUGCUUUCCGCGCAAAUUACGCACUGUCGGUCUUGGCCGUCAGCCCGAGAACGAGGUCUUCGACGUGCGUAUCCUUGAACGUCAUCCGUUUACGAAUCAGACUUUCAUCCCCGUCGAUCUCUCUGCUCAUUCUAAAGUUGGGGAUGGCGAGGAAGAGCCGCUGUUUUUGGUAGUGGUUGCGCCGACGUUGAAGGGUCAGACUGCCACGGCGAAGAAUGAGGCCGGCGAGACGAUCACGAUUCAGGAUCCGCCUGAUCUGAAGAAUGUCAAGGCGUUUGUUGCGCGUGGUGGUCAAGCUGUCACAUACGGCGUAGGGACCUGGCAUGCGCCUAUGGUUGUUUUGGGUCCCCGUCGCGUUGAUUUUAUUGUUGUGCAGUUUGUCAACGGGGUUGCGGAUGAGGAUUGCCAAGAGGCUGCGUUUGGGGAAGGGAUCGUUGUUGAUCUUGGUCGGAAGGGUCAGCUUGGCCGGGUUGAGAAGGGCCCGAAGUUGUGGUCAGCAAAGUUGUAA